AUGAACAGAUGCAAGAGGUUCGUCUUCGUCGACGGGCUUACGGGGUUAUAUGUGGCCAAUGCGACUGCGGAACCGGCUACCGGUGGCGGGAGGGACCACGUCUUGCGCGGCGGGAAGAUGGACGAUGUGAGGAAAGGAGUUGAGAGGGCCAUUGACGAGGUUUCCAAGGAGGGGAGCAAGGUCGUGCUCUUGGUGGACGGCAUGGAUGCGUGGUUGGCGAUGGGGGGGGUCGGCGCGUUGGGGGCGGUGAAUGUGUUGAACUGCUGGAGGGAGAGGGUUCACGCUGCCGUGGUGGCCGUUUCGGCGGACGACGCUCUCAUUCACGCACAGAACACGACGCUGGAAAGGGACCACGCGGCAUUUGCGCUGGGUCUCGCGCAUGAAGCGAGUAUAGUCAUGUCGUUGCGACUGCUGGACACGGGGACGGCGAGGGACGUCAGCGGCGUCGUGAGGGUGACGGGCGGUGGCAAGGCGGACGGGCAUGACGACGGGAGCGGAGGCGGAGAGGGCGAGUUCCUGUAUUUUGUCGGCGGGGAUGGCGGUGUCAAGGUCUUUGAGAGGGGGACGUGA